AUGAAUAAUCAUAGUACUUAAUUUGAGAUUUUACCAAAACUGAUUACUAAUCAAAACAAAUUACUAGAUCCGAUGUAUAUAAGAAAUACAUAAUUACGUCAUUCUUAGUAUCUUAAUAAAUAUAAUAGUUUUAGAGAUGAAUCCAAAAUCUUACCUCAUAUAUAAAGAAGAUCUAUGAUGUAAGGUAAUUCUAAGUAAAUGGUUGUUUAAAGUAUUAAUUGAAUCCAUUAAAAAGGAUUUAUGUAUAGCUUUGAUUACAAUACCAGGCAUUUUGGAACAACCUGUGAUAGAGGCUUUUAAGGAUUAUCUAGCUAUCAUUUAUCAUAAAAAUUUGGAAAUUUUGGUACAAAAUUAUAACCUUUGGAGAAGAACAUUAUUGCUGAUCUAACUGAUGGAGAAGAUGUAGAAGAAAUAAAAAAAGAUGAAAGAUUGUUUUUUAAGAAAAUAUACAAAUAUAAUUAAAUGCCUGUUUUGGCUUUAAUAAAAUCUUUUGAAAUUGAUUGGAUCAAGGAGAAAGACUCUUAAAUAAAUAGGAAGUUGUCAAAAAGUUUGAUCUUAAAUUUUUAAACAACCCUUUCAAUAUUGAAUACUCACAAUGAUUUCAUUGAUUUUUUUAUGAAAAAUUUAUAACUGUUAGAAUUAAAUACAGUUGCUUUAAAACAUAAAGGAUUAUAGAAUUUAAAAACUAAAGUUAAUAAAUUUUCUAGUGAAGAAUUUUCAGGAACUUAUUUAAUUAUAUAAAAUAAUUCUGGACAAGGAUAUUUUAAGAUUCAUUUUCCAAUUAUUGAAAUUUAUUUUUAGGAAUAUUAAUAUGUUUAAACUAUUAAUUUAUCGCCAAUGAAAUUAUUUGAAUUAUAAAGCAAUAAUUUUUUUUAAGUAGCUGAUAUUGUUUAAGACAUAAAAAUAGAUUUUUCUCUCCUAAAAUAAAAGCUAAUAUAAGAAACUGAAAAUCUAAUUAAUUCAGAAUAAAAAAUUGAAGAGAAGGAAUAACCUCAAAUACAAAAAUCUGAUUAAAUUGAAACACAAAAUAUAAUAGAAUCUGAAUAAAAGGUUUAAAUAACAAGAUUAAAAAAUUCAGAAUUGGCAAUAAUUAUAAGGGAAAGUAUUAUUAUUUUUAAGUAUAGAAAAAAGUGAAUUUCCAGAAAAGAUUUUAAGUAAAAGAAUGAUUAAAUAAGUUGCUUAAAAAGAUGAUAAAUGCUUCUUUUGUGUAGAUUUUUUACCAAUUCAAUUUAUUAUUAAAGAAAAAGUUUCAUAAAAAACAAUUAAAUUGUACUCUCCAAAUUUUUAAGAAUUUAAUGAAUUUCUAACUUAAUUAGGAUAGAAAAAUAUAAAAUAAGUAAUGGAUGAAUUUUUAAUUACUACAUUUGAUUUAAAGCCAGAAGAUUUUGAUUACAAAGAGUUUAAAAAAGGGGCAAAAAUAUAUUUAAAUUUUUCAUAAUUUUCAGAAUUAAAUUAAGAAAUAACUGAAGAACAUAUUAAUAAUGGUUUACUAUCUGUUUUUGUAAAAGAAAUAGAAAUAAAUAACAAAGAUUUAUAAAUAAUUAUGGAGUAAUGAAAAAAUAUCAAUAAUAUUAGACCUUGUACAUUUGGAAUAUACAAUUAAUUAACUUGUGGAACUGAGAAGAGAGUUUGUACAUCUAAAGAACUUACGAGUAUAUUAUAGAAAAAAUAUUAAGUUAAAUUUUAACUUAUAUGA